AUGUCGGACCAGAAAGACCUUUCCGACAACGAGCGGAACAAGUCAACUGUGCAGCCCAGUGAUGAUCCUGCGGGUCGGAAGCCACAAUAUGAGAAAGGAGAUCCGGUCAAGAUGAUGGUUGAAGAGCCAGGGAACACGCAUUUCAAAACUUUCAAUGUGGCUCGUUCUCAAUUUGUAUCCAAUCGUUGGAUGUAUGAGCUGGAGGAUCCUGUCACCAAUCUACCCUGGAAAGAAGGCAAAUUGUUCCCAGGAACCGAUCUCGAAAGUGAUGAAUGA